CGAGAUGGACGCAUCAUAACCGUCAUCCAUCCUGCAAGCUGUUGUCGAUCGACGAUUCGUGCGUCAAAGCUUGGCAAACCCAACCCAGAAACUUGUGCAGAUUACGUUUUAAAGACAGGCCCUGCUGGUGGCGUAUUAUUGGCGCAGAAAAGCAGCACUAGAUCAAACGCCCGGCGAACUCUCUCUCGCCCGACCCUUUUUUCCAUCUUUCCACCUUUUCGACAGCCUCUACCUGGAAUCCGGGGUAGAAGACGAAGACAGAAGGCAAAUGCAACAAUUACACCCCAUAGGCGGGACCGCCCCGAUCCGGGGGCGCUCAUCGGUGGACGACGAGGCGGUGGAGGUGGACGAGCAGACGCCAUUGCUGCUGGGGACGGCGACGUCAGCCGAGGACGGAUCCCGCCAUGCCGACAGCGACAGCGAAUCCACCAUCUCGGCGCUGAGCGCGUCGCGGGGCGGCGGCGCCGAGACGUCAUCUUCAGCCUCGUCGCCACUCCUGCCGCCGAGGACCGACUCGGACAUGACGACGCUGCUGGCGGACGACGAAGCAGGCCCAGGCAAGCAUGCCGAUGGCCCGUCAUCGUCCCCGUUCCUGGGCGGCGUGACGACGCGGCAGUUCCGGGCCGUCUUCGCCUGCAUCAUGUUCACCUACUUCGUCGUGCUCUUCGACAGCACCAUUCUGGCGUCGUCGCACCCCGUCAUCACGUCGCACUUUGGCGCCUCGCACUCGGCCUCGUGGUUGUCGACGGCCUACUUGCUCACCAGCACCGCCGUGCAGCCCGUCGUCGGCCGCGCCUCGGACUCGCUCGGCCGCAAGCCGCCGUUCGUCGCGAGCCUGGUGCUCUUCAUCGCGUCCACCCUAGGGUGCGCGCUCGCGCCCUCCAUUGGCUUCUUCAUCGCCGCCCGCGCCCUCGGCGGCGUCGGCGGCGGCGGCAUGAUGACCAUGGCGGCCGUCUGCGUCGGCGACAUGGUCCCUAUCGAGCGCAGGGGCCCCUACCAGUCGUGCCUCAACGUCGCCUACGGCCUGGCCUCCAUGGCCGGCGCGUCCCUGGGCGGGCUCAUGGCCGACACGCUCGGGUGGCGCUGGGAGUUUGGCUGCCAGGUGCCCGCGCUGCUGCUCUGCCUCGCCGUCGUCGUCGCCGUCGUCCCCGCGGACCUGGGCCUGCACCGUAACGGCGGCCGCCGCGAGCCGCUGGCCGAGGCCAUGCGCAACUUUGACGCCAAGGGGUCCGCCCUCCUCGUCGCGUGCGUCGCCGGCCUCAUCCUCGGGCUUGACCUGGGCGGCACCGUGCUGCCGUGGUCGCACCCCUUCGUCGUGACCUGCCUGGCCGGCACGGCCCUCGUGCUCAUCCCGCUCCUCCUCCACGUCGAGGCCCGCGCCGAGCGGCCCGUCAUGCCGCUCGAGCUGGUCCGGCGCGCGCCCGUGGCCAACCUCGUGUUUGCCAACCACAUCGCCGCCUUCCUCACAAACGCCGUCCUCUUCAACGCCCCGCUCUUCUUCCAGGCCGUCCUGCUCGCCUCCCCCACGGCCUCGGGCGCCCGCCUCGCCGUCCCCUCGCUCGUCUCGUCCGCCGCCGGCAUGGCCACGGGCGUCCUCGUCUCCCGCACCCGCGGCCUCAAGUGGGCCCCCGUCCUGGGCGCCUGCAUGUUCCUGGCGGGGACGGCAUCGCUGAGCGCCAUGCGCCGCGGCCUGCCCGACGCCCUCUACGUGCUCUGCCUCGUCCCCGCCGCGCUCGGCCAGGGCCUGCAGUUCUCGGGUACGUUCCUGGCCGUGCUGGGCGCCACCGAGCAGCGCGAGCAGGCCGUCGUCACCACGACGCUGCAGCUGUGGCGCAGCCUGGGCGCCGUCGCGGGAAUCGCCGGCUCCAGCCUGGCGCUGCAGGCGGGCCUGUCGCACUUUUUGGACGUCAACGUGUCGGGCCCGGACAAGGCCCGCGUCGUCGAGGCCGUCCGCCGCUCCGUCGCCGCCGUCGCGCGCCUGCCCGAGCCCUACAGGUCGCAGGUCGUGGCCAGCUACGAGGCCGCGCUGUCGUUGACUUUUGCCUGCUGCGCCGUCCUGGCCGCCGUGUCGGUGUUGCUGCUGCUGCCCAUCAAGCUGCCCAAGCUCAAGCCCGCCGCGCCCAAGAAGCCUGAGCCGCAGCCCGAGGAGGUUUGAGCUUGGCGCACACGUACGCAUCCACACGAGACUCAUUUACGAUUCGGAAUUCCCUUUAUCCUCUUCGCUUCUUCGUACAUGUAUUAUGCAUUUGACAGGUUUUAUGGCGCACUCUAGACAUCGGAAGGGGGUAUAACGGACGGGGUUGGAGUUGUUUUGAUUUAGUCUUUAGAUACUGGGCCCGGUCGGUUUGGCUCAAGGAUGGCCAACGGGCGAUAUCACCGCCAUCGAUACCCAAACUGAAAUCAUAAAUGUAUUAGCCCAUCGCAUCGGCAUCUCGAUAUGAUCGUCCCCUUUGA